UUGCAGUGUUUGGACAUGGAUUCCUUCACUCAUAAGAAGGCAUGCAAAACAACCUUUGUGGUAAAUAAACAGUUCUCUGUAUGGGUGAAAUGUUGUUUGUUUGUUCCCGGGUUCCUGUUUUCCAGCAAUGGAGUCAAUGACUUUUCAUUCAGUAUUCAGAAGUGGCUUGGAUCUGGUGAAUUACAACAUAAUUAUAGUGUUUGUCUACAACGGACGGAUACGGCCGCUUAAAUAAGUUUACAGAUAUCCCAACCAUUGUUGCAGCCCACUGUUAAAUUUAAAUCUGAGUGAUCAACCGCACAUCUGGUGCGGGCUCUGGCAGUGUUGGCGGAGAUGUUGUGGCUGUUCACAUUAAGGCUCUGAUGAAAGAAUUAAAGGCAACAUUCAAGAUUGUUGAAAAGUGCAAAGCUCGAUGAUGAGUGAUGUGUCUUUUACUGGAAACGUCUUUUCUUUGUGUACCACCACAGUGAAGUCACAGCUAAAUUUGUACAUUUCAUCUCAUCUCACCAGAACUACUCAACAGGAAGAAGUUUGAUUAAUCCCUCUUCUCACUGUCGUUACAGAGGACUUGACUAAAUUCAAGGAGAAAGCACACUACAAUGUUUCUUUAAUAGUUGUCGUAGUGCAGGGGUGCCCAUUACGUCGAUCGCAUGUGUCACCCACGUCACAAAUGUCACUUUGAAGAUGUCACAUGACAUGAGUCAGCUGACAUGAGUCAGCUAAUUUGCUGUUGCAAAGUAAGUGGUCAACACAUCGUCUGAUUUAAAAUCAAGCCAUUAAAAUCAGUUGUUUAAUGGCUGUGCUCUGCGUCCUGAACUCCACUAUAUAAACGUGUGUUUUCUACACUUUUUCUUUAUUUCAUGAAUAAUUGGAAAAUGUGCACACUUUUUAAUAUGUUGCCUUGACUUCUGCUGCAUUGUGUUUUGCAUAAUCAUUUUCAUUUCUGCAAUGUUUGAUACGUAGCAAACGCUAUCUGGACGUAAUACAUGGGCCGUAUGUGUUGUGAACGCUAUGUAGCUUUUGUACUACUCGGGUUAUUUACACAACUACUGAGAAAAUUAUGUGUAAUUAUCUUUAUUGCCAUAAUCAAUUUAAUUGUGAAUUAUUCAAAGAUAUCAACUAUUUUGAUGACCUGUAAACUUUGAAACUGUGAAUGUGACAUUCUAAUCGUUAGUAUUUAGCGUAGUAGUUUCAAAAUUUACUUUAUUUUAUUUUAGUUUAACUUUAUUUUAUAGUAAGAGGUAGAUCAUUUUGACGUGUGACUUGCCUGCUGGAAAAGCGUGUGCACCUUGAAUAUACAUGUACAAUGUACAUAAAUACUCAUAUUUAUAAAUACACUAAAUAUAUACUGUACAUUCUUUAUGUUUAUAGUAGAAUAAAUGUACCUGUAAUAAUAACAAUAAUAAUAAAUAUAGCAGAUCUUUGGGACUUGGUCGUUUUGAAAGUGGCUCGCUGGCUGAAGUGUGAGCACCCCUGUUGUAGAGGAACAAUGGUUGUGGUAAACAGGGAUUUAAAUGACCUCCCGGUGUCUCUCGUACUGUCUUCUCUGUGAAUAAACAUAACAUGGAUAAAUAUAGCAAGUAGCAUUGCCGUUACUUUCACAUUGAUAACAGAGACAAUGAGGAACUUUUGUUUACAGUUCCGACUUUUGCUCUUACGUACAGCGCAUGUAUGUCUCCAUGUGUAAAGAAUAAAGCAAUGUUUGGAGGCAUUUUUAAUCACCCCGUGCUUUUUUUGUCAGCUAGUGUAAGCAAAAUUACGACAGCACACAUUCCCAUAAAACUUUGGGGAUAGAUGGCAUAUUUGCUUACCAAGAACCCACUAAACUUUGGUGCAAAUUGCAAUCGAACAUACAAAUCAGACAUACAGAGUUACUUUUUAUGAUGAAAUUUAACACUGGAAAUCUGAUUUGAACCAUCUUUAAACAGGCUGCAAUAUACAGUAGUUCACUACAGAAUUCCUAGCUUUCUAUGUCUCGGUUGUCACGUUUCACAUCAUGUUUCACUUGCACUUGUUGCCACACAGAGUUCAUCGGCCUCAAUGAUAACUUCCCCACAGUCCAAUGAUAGUAUUGGCAUAUGCCAGCCAUGCUUACCAGGUUGUUGAAAUGGCAAAAGAGGGGGUGACGAGGUAGAUGGCUUUCCAUUUAUAAUCAAGAUUAUUAUCUGUAUUUACCUUGACUGGCAUGCUUUCUGGACCAAAAUGUACUUGAUGGCCACUGGUGUGGGUAUUUUACACACACACACACAUUUUUAACUCACUCAUGCAUGUGCAAUGCAAGAGAAACAAUUGUUUUAGUGAAUAUUGUUUUCUGGGCUCUGGGAACAACAUUUAAGAAUUUCCUUUUUAUUGUUCUUUUCACUCAACUCUCACCAUCUGAUUAAAAGCACACACACACACACACAAAGACAGAUUUGAGUUGACGGAGGAGCGUGAGGGUGUGUCUUGUCCCGUCACGAGAGUCUGCCUCUGCUUUCCACUUCCGCUUCCCACUGUCUCGCCUCCAUGUCUUGUACGGUCCUCUCAUUGUUUUUCCACGUCACUGCGUAACAUACCACUGUUUGUAUAUCAGUGUGCUAUGUAAGUCUAUGCUGAUAAAAUGCACACUAUGUCAUUGUUAGUACUACAGUGUCAUACACAAUAGAUUGUGUGUAUUGUAUUGCUCGUCAUAACUGGAAAAUAAAUAAGAAAGUACAAUGCAUUAUAUAUGUUGUGCAUACACUAGUUCACAGGCAUAAACCCAGUUCAGAGUCUAUUUAAGGGACUUCCAUACAGACAAGGGCACGUGCCGUGCGCAGUAGACGAAAAUGCUGGUUGAAGUGAUGGUUAGACCUUGUGACCAGUAGAAGGGUGGCCAUGGCUAUAUUUCAGGGCACACGUCCAGCAGGCCUCUCGCUGUGUCAUUGUCUAGAACUGUAAGGCCGUGCAUCCCGUUUAGUCACCGGUAAAUCACACAGUUCAUAAUGGUAUGGUCUAGCAAUGCUAGCAUGCUAACAUUAGCAUGCUCACACCUGGCAUGAUAUAAUGUACAGGGAAGGCUGAAUGUCCUGAAUUAGUUAAAUGUGUUGAUGUUGGAACGGUUUGAAUCGGUUGAAAAAUGUGGAAGUAGCUAGAACUCUUCAGAUGAAAGGCAUUUUGCGUUCCGGAAGAAAAAAAUGUGGGAAUAUUUGUGCUGUGGCUAAUAGCAUGAAUGUCCUGACUUUGUUGAAUGAGUUGAUGUUAGAAUGAGGCGAAUCGGUUGAGAAAGGUGGAAGUAGUAGGUAGUAACAGUUUUUUUCAGUAAAAAUAUUGGUAGCUUGAAUGUCCUGAACGUGUUGAACAGUUUGAUGUUGGAACGGCUUGAAUUGGUUGAGAAAUGUGGCAGUAGUAGCAUGUUUUAGGGAAAAGGGUGAAUUUUGGGAACAUUUUGAAUUUUGGAUUUCGGAUCACCCCCAAAAUUGAAUCAGUUCUUCCAUGUCCCAUUUCCGACAAUUCCUGAAAAUGUCAUCCAAAUCCAUUCAGAACCUUUGAAGUUAUUUUGAACACAGACAAACGCCAGCAAAAUCAUUACCUCCGCGCUGUGCUUGCACUUUAAUAAUAAUGUGAAAUAAUGUGAAAACCCCAGCUAAAGAAAAUGUGACAGAGUGGUGGUCAAUAUGUGUGCCCUCCCUUGUUAAUGGGCCUCAUUAUGAGCACACUCCAUUUUAAUGAGUCAUAAUAGCCCACCCUGAUAAUCAAUCUGAUAGUUUGCCCCAUUGGACUUUGUAUGCUUUCAUUGGCUACUUGGACUCCAGUGUAGACACUGAUAGGCUUUCAUAUGUGAGGUGGGAGGGGUAGGCUGGCUUUUAGCCAAUGGAAUUGAUAGGACCCAUAGGACCCGCUACUUAUGCUGUAGAAGAUGAAAGAACAGUGACGGAAGCGCUGUAAUUUAUUGUGUGAUUAUUGGGUGUAUCAGGAGGAUUUUUACAUUUUUGUUUUUUUUCAGACUCACUGCCAGCAUCAACUGUCACUUGACAUACAGUACCUGGCCCACGAUGCUAUGGUCAAGCAGGGAAUAGGAGUCUGCACGAAGCAAAGUGCGCUAAUGUUUCUAAAGAGUCAUACAAAAGCCCCCCCUUACAAAAUGACUGUAUCAUGAGAAAUUGUGGGACCCAUGAAAAAAAUCACAUCUUUAAAAUCAAUCUUUACAACCUAACCAACCUGUUAAAGCUCUUUUGAAUUUAGUUCAAUGUGUGUUUUAGAGUUACCAUUGCAUCACAAGGGAUGGGUUCUGUCAACCAUUGCAGCGACAAGCGUGGCGUCAGAUUAUUCGUCUGCCUCCGGCUGAUUUGGAGCUCUAUGCCCCUUUUGCAAAAUGGGUCCCCCCAUGGAUCAUGAGAUCUAUGCACAGCACAUGUUCCGCAUGGAGAGGCAGCACUGGUGAAGCUGGCUGCCUUAUUAGUGUUUGCCUCAGCUUUCAUUAACUAAAGGAGCCAUCCUAAAACAAGUGUCUUAUAAUAAAGCCUGACUGAGUUGUUUUUUAUAAAUAAUACUGUAAUAUGUACCUAAUCAAAUUGCGGAAUUGAAAUUUUAAUAGCUCAAUGUGAUUUAUGUUUUUUUUUUUUUAAGUUGGACCAGUUGUAUUAUGUGCGUUACAGUAUGUUGGUAAAAUACAGCUCUGGAUUAAAGGACAUAAACAGGACAUAAAGGACAUAAACAAGUCUUGUUACAAAAACAAACGUAUUAACGUGUUAGUCGCACUAUUAGUUAUACUCGAUAAUAAAUAAUAAAGCUGACACAAAAAGAUAUUAUUGCAGCUUUUUCAACAAAAAGAUUUGCAUUUUGAAUUGGUCAGAGAGGACAGUUGUUGCAGUAAAAUGGACUGACUUGAAUGUAGUUCAUUUCCAUGAAUGUUUAUGAAUGACCAAACUGACCAAGUGUUACACGGUGUAGUAUAAACAGUGGAGGAUGAGACCAUUUGUUUUUCUCUCCACCCACUUCUUGCUUCCUCUCAUCUCCUCCUUAGGCUCCUAUAUAAUUUCAGACGCGGGCUCUCCCUGUCAUAACAAAACAUAAAACUGGUGUCAUAUUUGAGGCUUUAAAUAGCAGAUCAAUAUUUGGUCGACCGAUUGCAUACACCUGUCAAGUACAAAAAAUAAGAAUUAGACUUCAGCAACAAGCCUGAAAGGUGAUUUGGUGACCAUGGCCAAACAGGCAUGUUUCUACCUGAGAAUGGCUCUGCUUCUGCUGCUUCUCCUUACAUAUAGCACAGAUGCUAAGAUGGACAUCAUCACCAGUAAGCAAGAUAUUCAAGUCGGAGAUGAGAUUUUACUUUUGUGUAAAGCCGGGGGAGAGGGAGACAUAAUGUGGCAAAAGAAUGGCGAGGACAUCGAUGAGGAAAUGGUAUCAAAGGUGGAUGAGACCUCCUCUAAAUUGCUCAUCAGGAGAGCCACGGUGGCCGAUGGCGGCAAGUAUACCUGCAUUUGUGACUUCGACAACGGACACAAGGAUGAAGUUCAGACACAGCUUUUUGUUUAUGAGGGUCCCUCUUUCGGAAGUACCCCCACCUACCAUGAGUUUUUGGAAGGCACGGAUGGGAAUGUGCCUUGUCUGGUGUCUGGCCAGCCGGUGGUGGAGGUCCGCUGGAUAUACAACAAAGAGGCGAGCUUCUCUGAUAGAAAUAAUGUUCGCCAGCUGCCUGAUAACGCACUCCUGAUUGAGAAGGUGCGGAGACAGGAUGCUGGGACAUACGUGUGCCACGCCCAGAUAAAAGGAAGGCCCAUCUUCAAGCAGCUUUUCAUCUCUGUUGUUAUUAAUGCUCCUCCUACUGUGCGUCUGAGAGAAGAGGUGAAGAAAGUGAUCGCUGGACCAGAAACCAAUGUUUCCUUGCUGUGUUUGGUCGACGGCCAGCCAAAACCCAAUAUCACCUGGAGCAUGCCAGUACUUUAUCACCCUGGACAUCAUAAGUUCAACUCUGACCGCAGCCAGUUGACCAUAAGGUCAGUUGCCAGGGAUGACUAUGGAGAGUACGUCUGCACGGCCACCAACAAGAUCACUGAAACCAGUGCCACCAUCAUGCUGCAAGUCUUUGAGGCACCAGAGGUGUCUUUGUCAGUCGAGCAGCAGAACGUCAACGUGGGUGAGCGUGUAUCUGUGGCCUGUAACGUCUCUGGCCUUCCUCAGCCUGAACUUCACUGGAUCAACAAGUACAAUGGACAAACCCUGGACUCUUCUUCUGGUCGUGUCCGUGUUGAGGAAGGUGUGUUGGUCAUUGAUGAAAUAGUGCCCUCUGAUGGUGGCCUGUAUUCCUGCAUGGCAGUCAGCAUCAUUGGCAAUGCAUCAAGGGAUGUUGCAAUUCACACCCAGCCUGGUCCACCUCUCUACGUAUCAGUGUCACCUGGACCUGCAUCGGUCUUCUUCUCCCUCAAAACUCUGCCUGUCAGUGGGGGGACACCCAUCACAAGCUUCGUCCUGCAGUGGAGGAAAAAUGCGGCCGAGCAAUGGAAGGAGGUCACAGUCCCAAAUGCUGACACACUGGCUGUAACUGCCCUCAAGCCGUACACAUUGUAUAGUGUGCGUUUGGCUGCUUUGAAUGCCGCAGGACUGGGGCACUUCUCAGAAGCUAACACUGUUCACACCCAAGGAAUACGAGGUGAACCAGACAGCCCAGUUUUGUUGUCUGAUGAGAUGAACAUAGGGGGCAACUCCUUCUCUGUCCCCCUUAAACCGACUGAUGAUGGUGGGAGUCCGCUCCUGCACUACACUCUGCGAUAUCGACAGGAUAAAGAUGGGGCUGAAUGGAAAGAGAAGCAGCUGUCAUCCAAUACUGACUCUGUCACUCUCAAAGACCUGGCUUUUGCCACUGACUAUCAACUGGAAGUCAUAGCAGUCAAUAUGAAUGGUUCUUCUAUUCCUGCAAUAUUCAACUUCACUAUUGCAGAACAACCUGUGCGUAGAAGCAGCAUGACCAAAGGCAGUGUGGUUGGCAUCGUCAUGGUGAUCUUCCUGGUAGUAUUCUUGGUGGUGGAUGCCACCUGCUGCUACAGAAACCACUGUGGUCUGCUCAUGUCUAUUGCUGUCAAACUUUUUGGACAGAAAGUUCCAGGCCUGAAAGUGCUUGAAGAAGGAGAAGGCACCGCUAAAGAGGAUCUGAAGAUGAAUGGAAUAUCCACUCCCAGAGGUGGCAGACACCAUACAGGAGUUCAGACAAACUCCUCAAAGGAAGGUGGACCACUCAAAGAGGUUGCCUGUGACAAAGUUAGCCUCACUAAACAUGAGGCAACACAACCAGACAGGAAUAUGCCCAAGACAGAUGCAUGAGGUUAACAUCUUAAAGAAGAAGAAGACAUGAAAACAUAAUUUUCAAAGGGAAGACAACAAUUUAAGCUUAAAUCUAGUCAGCAGUGUUGUGAAACCAAAAUGAAUGCCUGGUUAUUUCAUUCCUUUACGUGACUGAUGUCAUGUAGCGAAGCAUGCGAAGCAUGUGCAUCUCCUGACUUUACAUCUUCUCGUCGUGAAAACAUCCCGUUUUGUAUCUAGGCUGUCUUAGAUGACAAAUAAUACAUGAUGGUAAUUGUGGUGCUCUGCUAGCUCAGCUGAGUUCAUCGUAAACGUUGACGUGAAUUGACUUACAGCUUCAUUUACAGGGUGAUGUUGAGAUCGGUCUUUUACAGGGUAUUGGUGUUUGUAAUUUAUUCUUGAAAUGACAAUGUUCUUUAGUAGGCGCAAAUGUGUUUUGACUAAUACAGACCAAAAGUUUGUUUUUUCCUAACAAUAUUCAGAGCAACUCUUUUAAAAGUCAAAAAUGCAUGUCUGUGUUAAUGUAAUUGAAAUGUUUGCAUUUUUAUGAACUUGUUAUUAAUAUUCCAUUGCCGCUGCUAUGCUGGUCUUCAUGUUAUAACAAACAAACGCAAGUAACACAGGUUACUUGAAAUGAAACAUUUAUUGCAAGUACUUGUUAUGAUAAUAUACAGUACACACAAAACAUAUGGCAGUAAGAACAUAUUUUACAAUCUUGAAUGCGUGACUGUAAGGUAUGAAGCAUUUUGACUUUUUACACAGAUUUAUUCAUGUUUGCAAGUCAUAUGAGUUACUGAAGUGCUGUACAUGUUUGUACAUACGCAUGUUUAAAUAAUAUCUAGUGAAAUCAUUAACACAAAAACACAUCGUAGUCUAUUUUUAUAUUCUAUACCAGUGAUUCUCAACCGUUCAUUAGUUAAGUAUAUUGUUGUUGUAAAACACAAUUCUGAUAUACUGCCCACCUGUCGUGUUUGAAAUAAAAAUAUGUAUAAAAUAACUUCAAUUGUGAACUAAUAAAUAAUUAACUUAACUAUGACAAAGCUGUAUGCACAUAAAAAAUUAUGAAUUUAUCCUCUUUUGGGCUUAUCUUAAAUAUGUGU